ACGAAGGCAGGCAGCAGCCAACAACCAGCCAACAGCCAGCAGCCACUCCUCUCAGCCUCCGUUGAUACUUACUCGCGCGUGUAUCUCGUCAGUCGGCUCGGAGCCACGUGCGUGUGCUCGAGAGUGGCUCUCGUCGUGUCGUUCGAGGCUUCCACGAGGCUUCUCGACCCUCUCUCCUCCUUUUCUUUAUUUUCUUUUUUUUUCUUCCUUUCUUUCUUCCUUUCUUUCUUUCUUCUUUCUUUUCUUUUUUUUUUUUCAUUUUCCCUUCAUCAUCCGCCGUCCCUCUUUUUCUCUCUUUCUCACAGUUACACUCCGCUACUCCUCUUUAAAACAUCGUGUGUGCCUCGACGAACGAUCUCGUCUUUUUCUUCCUAUUUUUAUCCUUUCCACCAUCAACGAUCAGUGACUUUCAACGGAUCAAGGAGAACGUCAACGAUCCCCAUUGAGGUUUCCCGCGUUUCUCUUAAAGAACGAAAGAAAGUGUAAGGAUUCAGAAAAUUUAGUGAAAACCACUGUGGAUAAAAGAUUCAGUCCGAGACCCGACGAGACAGAUGGUGUUGGUCGAAGGGACUAAAAAUAUCAUUCGGUUCCGCGGUAGCAACAUUGCGAAUCAGAGUUCUACUGCGACUGUAAAUGACGACGGCUGGAUAGAUUCGAUCAGUCGGGAAACAAUCACGGAGCAAUCUCCAAAAACCGGAUCCUCGAAAUUAUCUUAUUUUACUAAUUGGAGCGAGUGGUCGGUCUGCGAUCGACAUUGUUCACAAAAUCGUGUUAGAAGAUGCAUGACGAAGAGUCAGUGUGGGACCACUGUGCUUAGAGAAGAACGUACUUGCGAGCACAAAAGAAAAGGACGUAGAAGAAGAUGCAAGCAACGUCAACAUCGGGGACGAUGGAAAACAGAUAAAUUUCACGUUGUACAGUUGCCAAAGGAAGCCGCACCUAGACACGGUAAAAGAAGAGGUACCGACGUCAAGGAUCAAUCUAGCAAUCAUUAUGGGAAAUGGAGCAAAUGGUCUCCAUGCACAAGGUUAUGCACUACGCAACGUCACAGGUGGUGUAGAAAACCUGGCAUCUGUGGUCGCGACGUAAUACGAGAGAGUGCCUAUUGUUACGUCGAGGGUAGCUUUUGCCAAAGAUGGAUACAUCGAAAAAUUCGUGGGAGUCGAGAGGAAGAUAACGAUGACGUGAUACUGGACGAGUACGAAUUGAAUCCAAACGUCGUCGACAGUUUCAUUCCUGAGAAAACUCAGCCAACUUGGAAAUGCGGAGUUGUGAAUCCUCAGAAAAAUUCAAGGCUUUCUUAUUUCACUCGAAUCAUCGGUGGUCGUCCAGUUGUUCCAGGAGCUUGGCCAUGGCAGGUGGCUGUAUUGAAUAAAUUUCAUGAAGCAUUUUGCGGAGGAACUCUGGUCUCUCCGAAAUGGGUCUUGACUGCCGCCCACUGCAUAAGAAAACGCUUGUACGUUCGUAUCGGUGAACACGAUUUAACGGUGAAGGAGGGCACUGAACUGGAGCUCAGGGUGGACUCGGUAGUAAUACAUCCAGAAUACGAUGCUGAUACCGUCGAUAACGACGUUGCUAUGUUACGUCUUCCAGUUAAUUUGACUCCUUCUCCCUCGAGAGGGAUCGCCUGUCUUCCAGCGCCAAAACAACUUUUGCCGACGAAUCAGUUGUGCACCAUUUUAGGUUGGGGCAAGUCCAGAGUGACCGAUGAUUUUGGUACAGACAUUCUUCACGAGGCUAAGAUACCUAUAGUUUCCCCAGAAACUUGCCGACAAGUUUACGUGGACUACAGCAUAACUGACAAUAUGUUUUGUGCCGGUUAUCGUCGUGGAAAAAUGGAUUCCUGUGCGGGUGACAGUGGUGGACCUUUGCUGUGCAGAGAUCCUCGAAAACCCGAUCACGGUUGGACUAUUUUCGGCAUUACCAGUUUCGGGGAAGGUUGUGGCAAACGUGGAAAAUUCGGGAUUUAUGCCAAAUUGCCCAAUUACGUUAGAUGGAUUACGAGAGUCAUGAAACAGGACGAUGAACGUAAUUAAAGACGCCGGUGUACGUACAUCAACGGGUUACAGGACAAUCGCCAUAUAAGGAUGAAACGCGUUCAUAUUCAACGACUUCUGAUCGAAUCGAUUACAAAGUAUUUUAAUUAAAUUUGCACUUUGAGAAGUCCAUCUCUGGAUGCUGCUCCAUGAACCUGAAAACGAUAACAUCAGAUAAGUCGGCAAACCAAGUUCCUUUUGUCUUUGAUCAUACAUCAUCUUCUCGACGAGGCCUCUGGUUUCACCAUCAAGGUCGGACAAUUUACUUGGUUCAGGAUUCACUUUCUUCGUGCUAAUCUCAGGAUCGCAAGUGACCACAUGAGCCCACCAUUGCAUUUUGUUAACCUACGAUCAAGCGAUCGUUUAAGGAUUUUUCUUUGGAAAUUAUAUACGUUGUUUAAUACGAACAAAUUGAAAUUCGAUAAACGA